CGACGGUCCGAUUUCGCGCACGUUUCCCCUGCUGCUGCAGUCGUUCGUCCCUUUGGCAAUGAUAACGCGAAUAACGUCCAGGCGCUGGUGCGUCGACGGACAUUCGAUUGGACGGGCCAGGUGAAUCGCCGACGCCACCGCUGCCGCUGCUGCGACAAUGCACGGCAUUGUCCCAUCGUACCGCCCGUCGUGAACCGAACAGCGUCUUCCCGCGCCAUUCCGUCGGGACCGUAAUGCGUACAUUCGUCGUCGUCCACACAGCGACAUCCAAACACGUUCCGGAAAAAUCAUCCAGGAUGAAGAUCCUACUGUUGUGGAUUGUGACUUUAUUAGCGACUUUAUCGCUCGUGCACGGUGAGUUUUUUUACUUUAAACGUAAGUACUAGAUAGGUAUGUAUUUUAUUCCGACGACCACAACGCGACUACCUGUUGAAUGCGUUUUCGUAUUUCGUUUCUCGGUGGACGGACAUACGAGAUUAUUUCACGAUUUCUUCAGCUUUCGGUUACAUACGUCCUUUUCGGCCGUUACGCAAUUUCCAUUUUGACCAGCAUACCUACUAUUUUGGCCACCUACGACCUAUCGAUUGAAAAAACAAUAAACUAAUAUCUUUAUAGACAUUAUUACUGUUUUUAAGUAAUUACCCAGGUACCUAGUUAAAAAAAAAAAAUAAAAAUAAUAAAUUAAGAUAAUGCUAUAUUACUAUUUACUUACCUUUUUAUAUUUAUACAUAUAUGCAGAAUUGUUAAGAUUUUAAGUAAUUUUAACCUGUACUUAAAUUAAAUUAAACUUAAAUUAGUAUCAAUAUUGAACUUAAUAAGUAUAGAUACCCGCGUAAGUACAAGUACCUGUGUGGAGUUUCCAUAAAAUUAUGAUGUCUGCAAGUCUUCAAUAAUUUAUAAUCGAGGUUUGAAUGCCAUGAAUAAUACAAAUAAUAAUGGCUGUACAAAUUUAAGUUAAUAGAUAAUUUAUUUUUUUCGCACCCAACCAAAAUUAUAGAGAUAUUCCAGAGUAAUCUCUAGAUAUGACAAGAAAGAUAUAAGAUGUGAUUUUAUACAUUUUAUAUAUAUCAUCUCGUUAUAUUAGUGACUAAUUUAGUUGCAUUUAUUUAUUUUUAAAGGGUUUCAUCAUUUUGUAUAUUAUAUUUGGUGGUAAGGUUAUGAUCAGAUAUUUCAGUUUUAUGUACUUAAUAUAUCUUUGGUUUCGGGAAAGAAAGGUUUAAAUUAAUAUCUUGAAAAAGUUGAAAAAGUACAAAAACAUGGGGAAAUUGACUGAAAUUAUAGAAAAUGAUGGAGAAAAAAUUAUAAAAAAAAUUCCAAAAAUUGACUUAGGCCAUUCUUCCUUGUGACUAAAGAUAUAAGUUCCUAAUAGCAACUUAAAAAAAAAAUAACAUUACCUUUUAUAAAUAAUAUUCAUUGUGUUGUAAUGUCCCUGCUUUGACAAUCAGCUUGCGUAAUACAGUUGAGGUUUUUAACAUUUAAUGACAUGCUUAUACUUAUACCAGUAAAAUUGAAUAGAAUCUAAUAUUUUAAGUAAUAUAACAUUAAGACCUUGGCGUUGCCCGUGUAUUAGUUUAAUUUUGGCAUUUUCGUAGGCCUUGUUUUAGUGUUUAAUUUAAUAUUAAGUGGGAUUCACAAUUUAAUUGUGUAUGUGUUAAUUGUUAUAGCAGUAUUAGGAUUAUGGAUAACAUAUUUAUAGGCUGUGAAUAUUAUUAUUAUUAUUAUUUUUUUUUUAUUGAAGCUCCUCCUUAUAGACCUUGUUGGUCAUUCUUCCGUUAGGGGCAAGGGUGAGUAAGCUGGUAGGUGAACUAACUGGGUGUUGAGUGAGUGAGUGUAUCGGACAUCUUAUUUUAUAUAUAUAUUUGGCCAUUAUAUUUUGUCCUGUAUUAGGUUGUUUUUUCCUGUUCCCUUUUAAUAGUUUUUUGUCCAUAACAACCAAAUUAACCAAGGUAACCCACAAAUAAACAAAAAUAAAUAAAUAAAUAAUAUUAGAUUUUCGUACCAAAAAUACCUGAAAACCUCUGUUUACCUCAUAGUGGUUGAAUUCUCAAAAAUCCUUCCUUAGAUACCUUCGUCAUAAAAGCUAUCUGUAUAUUAAAUUUCAGCCCAUUCCGUCCAGUAGUUUAGGCUAGGCGAUGAUGAAUAUAAUAUUAUCUUUUUUAACCUCUUUAUGGGUUGAAUUUUGGAAAAUCUUUUCUUAGUGCGCGCCUUCAUUGUGUAAGGAACCUCUGUGCAAAAUUCAAAGUCUAGACCCAGCCGUUUGGUCUGGACGUUGAUGAGUGAGUGUAUUGGACGUCUUACUUUAUAUAUUUAUUAUUAUUAUUAUUAAUUAUAGGUAUAUUAUUAAAAAAUAAAGAUUUACAAGGGUUAACAAAUUAAAUGGGAAACACAGAUUACAUUGAGUAUAGGUUGUAGGCGAGAGAGUGAUAAACUUUGGUGUGUAAAUAAAUUAUAAAUACUACCGUAAUCAAGUGGUAAUAUACAUACAACAAGAUAGCCAUUUAAAAUUUAAUAAUAUAGGCAUUGUUUAAAUACUUGGUUAAAAAGAAAUGUAUUUAUAAUACUUACAUUUUGAAGGAUAUUCAUAUUAAAAACAUAUACCUAUAGUUUGUCCCUCGAGACAUUGAACAGUUUGCUGACAGAAACCGCACACCCCCACACCGUAACCUUGCUCGUUGAUCACCCGCCGGUCGACGCUCGAAAUCAGUUUUAACAUUAUACAUGUGCAGAAGCGGCCUUAUCUCGUGGGACAGACUAUAGAUAAGUUUUUCAAAUUUCUAUUUUUUUAUUGAAAAGUAUACCUACUUGUGAUAAAUGCUUUUACAGUUAGUACUUUCUUACUUCACUUGUUUCGUUUACAUUUUGUUACCUGUACAAAUUAAUUAUUAUUAUUGAUAAUCUACAACAAUUUAAAUUAGUAUUAAUUAUAUUUUAUAAUGUACCUAUAUAAUUCUAUUUACAUUUUAAAAUUAGGUUCUUUUUUAUCUAUUCAGUCUUAAUUUUUCUUCUUCCCCAUCAUCUCAACCAUUUGGGGUUAGCCACCAUUGUCUUAAUUUUCCAGGUUAUCCAAUAAAUCUUAUCUUUAUAUCAUUUUGAAUCACAUCUAACCACCUAUUUUUUAGUAUUCUUCUUCCCAUCUUUUUCUAUAUUUAUUUUUAUUACCAUUCUUACUACUUCUAACUCUUUUUUCCUCGUGACAUGCCCAAACUAUUUCAGUCUAUUUUCUUUCAUUUUGUCCUCUAUCAAAGCCUAUUCCUAUGCUACUUGUUAUGUACUCAUUUUUUAAUCUUAUUUUCUCAUGCCACUACACUCAUCUACCUAUACAUUCUCAUAUCCGCUACAUUCAUUCUCGGUUCUACUUUUUUUUGUCUUACCGCCCAACACUGAACUGUACAAUAUAGUCUCACCACACUUUUGUAGAACUUACCUUAAAUCUCAAUGGAAUUUUCUUGUCACAUAAAGCACCUGAUGCUUCUAUUUAAACACACUUAAUUUAAAAUUUCUUAAAUUUUUAAAAAAAAUGUUUUCAGAUUUAAAUCUUAAGUACUUCUCUCAGUUAUCUUGACUACCUGCAUAUAAGGUAGACUAUUAAUGUUAAAUCAUUAUUAAAAACUACACAACAAAAUAAAAGUAUUGAAUAUUCAUAUUUAUUACCUAUUUGAGGUAUCACAUGUUUGCAAAAAUAUAAAAAAUUUAAAAUUGUAUUAUUAAAAUUCACAAUUGAUAAUAUUACACUAAAUUAAUAAUUUACACGUGGAGGAAAAUGUGAUAUACUUGUUAGUAUUUCAAUGAAUAGAUCAUCUUGAAUUUGGUGACACAAAAUUCAACUAAAUAAACGAUCAAGUUAUUGAUGAGUUGUACCCUUAUGUUUUUUUAUUUUUGUCAUUUAGUUGAUCCCUAAAACUGUUUAAUAUUCUGUAUUUCAGCAUGUUUAAGGAUUUAUGAAAUUGUAAGUGUAAUUAAUUGUUUAGUGAUUGAAACUAGCAUUUUUAUAGGGUAGUCGAAAAAAACCAGAAGUUAUCAAAUAAAGACUAUUAAAUAGAAUUAAAAUUAACAAGUAACUUUACAAAUCAAUUUUAUAUUUUUAAUAUAUUGUUUUAGGUUAUCCAAAUUUAAUAUACACAACUUCUAAAGACAUACGAAUGGCUAAUAUGUCAAAAAUGACAAAAAUUAGUGUUAUUGUUAAAGUAAGUAUACUUGUAAUACUAAUCUAUACUUUUUAGUCAAAUUAAAACAUAAUUAUAUGCUUUAACUAAUGAAGUUUCCCCAUAACUAAAUAACUAGGAACUGGAAUUUUGAUUUUGUAUUAUUUUAAAUUUAAAUUUCAUGUUUUUACUUUCAUUGUUAUGUUGUAUUUUAGUUUAAAUAAUUAUUUUCCAUUAAAUAGUUUUUGUUGGUUUUUUUUGUUAUCAUUAUGUAUAAGUGGGUUUAUGAUUUUUUCAUAAAAUUAACAUUUUUCAAUAAUUGAAGAAUUAUAAUUAUCAUUCUAAAUUAUAUUACCAGAAAAAAAAAACUAAAUUGAAUGAUUAAAGGAAAAACCUAAAUAAUUAUUAGUACUAUUUUUAAAUAAGUACCUAAUAAUUAUACAUAUGUUUGUUAUUUGAAAAUACAGGACUUAAUAGAAGGAAGCGCAAUUGAUUAUUAUUACAAAGGAUCUUUGUUAUGCUGGGCUGACCAUGGUCAAGAAUCGAUUCAAUGCGUUUCUUACAAUGGAACACAUGCUAAUAAUAAGGUAAAAAUUCAGUUUAUUAAUUAAUUAAAGUACUUAUCUACCUAAUUAUUACUUAUUAUUUCAUUUUACAAUUAAAGUAUAUUAAUAAAAAAAAAUAACUUUACUUAUUGUAAAAAAAAUUGUAGGCUAACAAUUAUUAUUGGUAUAAUACAUUUUUUUUUCAUCAGUUACAUAGAUAUUUAAAGUAGAUAAAAAUAGAAUAUUUAAUAGCGAUAAAAAAAUGUUUAAUCCUCAAGUUCAUAAUAGUUAAAUUUUUACUAAAUAGGUAGCAGUUUUAAAUACUGGAAUUGUAACACCAGAUGGUUUAGCUUGUGACUGGCUAACUAAAAAGCUAUACUGGACUGAUGGAGACACUAAUAGAAUCGAAGUAGCAUCAUUGGACGGUAAAUUAAGGAAAGUGCUUUAUUGGGAAGAUAUUGACCAACCACGUGCCAUAGCUUUAGUUCCUAUGGAUGGGUAUGCUAUGUUGAAAAUAAUAUUAUAUAUUAUGAUAAAUUUACAUAUAUUUUUAUUGUGAUAUUAAUAAUUCUCAAAUAUUGUAUUAUAGCAUAAUGUUUUGGACUGAUUGGGGUGAAGUCCCAAAAAUUGAACGCGCAGGAAUGAAUGGUGAUUUAACCACACGUAAAACUAUAGUCAAUGAUAAUAUAUUUUGGCCAAAUGGUUUAACCAUAGAUUACAAUAAACAACACAUAUACUGGGUUGAUGGAAAACUUGGUUUUAUCGAUGUUAGUAUAUUAUAUACAUUUAGUUUUACUAUUUUUAAAUAUGAAAUAUUUUUUUAUUUAGAUGAUGGAUUACGAUGGUAGAAAUAGAAAGACCAUUCUUGGAAAAGGAGUACCAUAUCCAUUUGGAAUUGCUCUCUAUCAAGAAAAAUUGUAUUGGACUGAUUGGAAAACCUGGUUUGUUUAAAGUUAUUUUUACUUUUUUCAUAUAAGUUUUGAUAAAAUAAAUACUAUAGAUGAUCUAUAAUAUUUAGUAAAUAUUAAUAAUAGACUAGAUAAUAUCAGAACAUCUUAUAUUAAUUUAAGUUAUUUCCAAAAUUUUCUGGGUAGUAGUAGAUACAAUUAUUAUGAAAAUAGAAUUAAUUUUACUUUUAAAGGUGUAUUUUAGUUUUAUUCAGUACAAAAAUUCAUUGUAAAAAAAAAAGUAUUUGAUUGUUGGAUAUCUCUUAUACUUUAAGAAUACUGAUUUUUUAUUUAUUUUUGUUGCAAUUUUGUAAUAAAAAUUAGCUACAAUAAAUAAUAUAUGUAUAGAGAAGCAAUGGUUACAAGUUGGUGAAACAACAAUUAAAAAAAAAAAUUUAGUGGUUGAAGAAUGAAAUUAUUUUAUUUUAUUAACUUCUGUAGAAAAAUAAUUUAGUGGUUUUUUUUUUUUUAUGGUUUUACCAAUUAUAAAUUAAACACCAUUUUAGAUUUUCUAAAAUUUAAGUUUAUAAAAUCAAUAACUAAAUACAAAAUAAUUAUUUUACUUAAUAGUUCUUUUAAAAUUUUUAUAUAGGUCAAUUCAUGUAGUAGAUCGUAGAGCGGGUGGAAUUAGUCAUGAAAUUAUUCAUAGUAACAAUGUUCCCAUGGAUAUUCGUGUGUGGAAUGCUGCUCGCCAACCAGAGAAAGUUACUCCAUGUGAUAAAAAUAAUGGAGGUUGUUCUGAUUUAUGUCUUUUGUCUCCAAACAGUCCUGGCUAUUCAUGUGCUUGUUCUACAGGAAUCAAGCUUAUAGAUUAUCAUAAGUGUGCCGAUGGUUUGUUAAAUUGUAAUAACUAUUUUUAAAAUAGUUCUAUUUUGAAUUGUAAUUUAUUUUAUAGGUGUUCAGGAUGUUUUAUUUCUUGUGCAAAAAACUGAUAUUUGUCAAAUAUCGCUAGAUUCUCCAGAUCAUUCUAUUAUUGCUGUACCUCUUACUGGAUUGGCUCAUGCUAUUGCAAUUGAUUACGAUCCUAUUGAAGGAAAUAUUUAUUGGACUGAUGAUGAAGUAAUUAUUAUUUAAUUUUAUAUUGUUCCUUAUAUCGUAAAUAAUGAUAAAUCAAAUAAUUGCAAUUUUUCAUUAAAUUUAGAUUAAGAUGAUCCAACGAGCAAAAAUGAAUGGCAGUCACCAGGGAGUUGUCAUUUCCAAUGAAAUAUAUCAUCCAGACGGAGUAGCAGUUGAUUGGGCCGCUCGAAAUAUAUACUGGACAGAUACAGGAACAGAUAGAAUUGAAGUUGCUAGAUUAAAUGGAAAACAUAGAAAAGUAAUUAAAAUAUUCAUGCAUAUUCAUGUACUUGUUCAAAUUUAUAUGAUGGAACAUUGGUUUUCUGUGGUUCAGGUUAUAAUUGCUAAUGAUUUGGUGGAACCUCGUGGUAUUGCUAUUGCUCCAGAAUUAGGUUGGCUUUUUUGGUCUGAUUGGUAUGAUAAAAGACCUAAAAUCGAACGUUCAAAUUUAGAUGGAAGCAAUAGGAUAGUUUUACUUAAAGACAAUUUAGGAUGGCCAAAUGGAAUAACUUUGGAUAUUCCUUCAAGAAAUCUUUAUUUUUGUGAUGCUAAAACUGACAGAAUAGAAGUAUGUUUAAACAAUUCUUUAUAAUAUAUUAUUACUUAAAAACAAAUGAAUACAUGCAAUCUAAAAUAAUUGAUUAAUUUUAAAAUUUGAGUUAAAAUAAUAUAUAAGUUGGAUAAAAAACAAAAUAUAUUUUAAACUGCAAUUGAAUUUAAUUUAAUAAAUGUAAAUAACUAAAUUUCUAAAAUACUGAAGCAGAAGUUAAAAAAAAAAUUAUUAAAAAUAAGUUUUAUUUCACAGGUAGUAAAUAUGAAUGGAUUAGAACGCAGGGAACUUGUAAGUGAAAAUAUGCCCCAUGUGUUUGGUUUGACCCAAUUAGGUGAUUAUCUCUAUUGGACAGACUGGCAGCGUCGUACCAUUGACAGAAUAAAUAAAAACACUGGAUCGGACCGUAAAGUAAUUAUCGAUCAACUACCAAAUUUAAUGGGCGUAAAAGCUGUUAGUUUGAAAGAACCUUCAAAUGGCAAUGCAUGCAGUAAUAAUAAUGGCAACUGUUCUCAACUUUGUUUUUACCUACCUAAAGGAGAUUUCUAUUGUGCUUGUGAAAUAGGUAAUUAUUGAUUAAUUUUAAAUUAUUUAUAUUAUUUUAAAAUAAUAAAAUAUACAUUUUUUGUUACUUAUUUUAUUAAUGUAUUUACUGGUAUAAUUUAUUUUAAAAGGAUGACAUCCGCAUUUAUUUGUUGUUGUUUUUUUUUUUCAAUAUUUUAAUUUUUAAGAUUUAAUCAUUUUUAAAUUGUGAUAUUUUACAUACUCAUCUCUUAAAAAUAAAAAUAUCGAAAAAAAAAACUGAUGCUAGGGCACAUAUUCUUACCAUUAAUCUUGGUCUUAAAUCAAUUUGUAUUAAUAUGAUAUACCCGCAUCUACUGUCUCAGUUCAACUACUAGGUAACAUACAAAAACAAUGCUUGCGCAGAAUAAGUAAAACUACCUUAAUUUUGAUAUUAGACUAAAAUUAAUUACUAUGAAGUUUAUAAAGAACAAUAUUUUGGAGGAAAUGUCAUGACUGUUUUUUGAAUUAUGAACUAUUAAAAAAAUUACUGUUAUUUAAAAAUAAAAAAUAUAAAGGUUUUUGUAUUUUGUAUAUCAAGCUGUAUAUUUUUAAUAAUACCAAAACCCUAUGAUAUUUCCUCCAAAAUGGUGUUCAAAAUUUCAUAAUAGAUACUUUACUCUAAAAUCAAAAUUAAUGUAGUUUUACUUAUUCUGCAAAAUAUUGGUUUUGCAUGUUACCUGGUAGUUAGAUUGAGACCAGUAGAUGGGAGUAUACUGUCCUCUUUAUAUUACAACUAAUGGCAUAAAAUAUGUCCUAAACAUAAAUUUGAUGUUUACAUUUGUAAGAUGGAAACAGCAGAUAAUAGUGUAGUAUUAUAUUCAAACGUAAUAUAUUUAUUUGAUUUGUUUUAUAACUAGAUUAUGAAUUGGCUUUAGACAAUAAAACUUGCAUUUUAUCUACAACAUUUUUAAUUUAUUCUCGACUUGAGCAUGUUGGAAUAUUAAGUACAGAAAAUAUCCAUUAUUCUGAUGUUAUACCUAUAGCUGGAUUGAAAGAAGCCAGGUGAAUUUUAUUCAAUUUGUUUGUUAUUAUUAUCAUUAUUAUUAUUAAAUAUAAUACAUUUAUGUAGUGCUGUUGAUGUACAUAUUGCAAAUAAACGAGUUUAUUGGGCUGAUAUAAAGUUAAAAACAAUCAAUAGAGUAUUUUUGAAUGGGUCAAUGCCAGAGAGAAUAAUUACUUUUGGCCUUCAAUCUCCAGAAGGUAAUUUUGUUAAAAUUAAUUGUCUUUGUUAAAUAUAUUUAAAAUAUUUAGUCAAUAUCUUGUAAAUUAUCUUGUCUCAAAUUAUGUAUUUUAUUAAGGAUUGGCUGUUGAUUGGAUUGGAGGAAACUUAUACUGGUGUGAUUCCGGAACCAAACGCAUUGAGGUUUCUAGAUUAGACGGGACUAUGCGUAAAGUUUUACUAUGGAAUGAUAUCAAAUAUCCAAAAAAUUUAUUGCUUGAUCCUAAAAGAGGGUAAGAAUAAUAUAUUAAUAAUUUAUUUUAACUCUAAAAAAUAAAAUUGUAUAUUUUGUUGUAAUAAAAUUUACUACAUUAACAUAUAAAUAUAAUGUCUUUAUAAUUAUUAGGUAUAUGUACUGGAGUGAAUAUGAUGGCGUAACUGGUUCAAUUCAAAAAUCGUCAAUGAAUGGAGAGAGCAAAAUUUCAUUAGUAAAUAAGAUUGGCAGAGUCAUUAGUAUUACUUUAGAUUAUGAUAAUGGCCUUAUUUAUUGGUCAACCUUGAUAUCAAAUACUGGAUCUAUUGAAAGUAUUGAUUUAGAAGGAAGAUGGCAAAAUAAAAUUGCAUCUAUCACUUUUGGGUAUCCUUCCGCAUUAACAUAUUUUAAGGUUAAAAUGAAUAAUCAAUACAAAAUAAAUAUUAUCAAUAAAAUAAUAAUUAUUUGACAAUUUAGGGUUCAUUGUAUUGGCUAGAUUGGCUGAAUGGAACUUAUUUUCAAAUCAAUAUUCAAAGUGGUAUAGUUUUAAAACAGAGUAAAACAAAUUUAGACCGUGUUUCUGAUUUAAUCACAUACGAUAAAUCAAGUCAGCAAGGAACAAACCCUUGUGCCAUAAACAAUGGAGGAUGUCAACAAUUGUGUCUUGUGAAAGGUUCAUUAAAUGAGUAUGGACCGAUGUCUUAUCAGUGUUCAUGUGAAACACAUUUCACACUAUUUAAAAAUAACACUUGUUCAGGUAAAGAAUAUUUUUUACUUGUAUGUAAAUAAGAUCAAUUUAAUAAUAAUAAAAAGUGUUUAAAAUUAAAUUCAAGUACAUAUUUAUAAGUUAAAUAAUUGAACUAAUAUGGUUUGUUAUGUAGCACCAAACAGUUUUUUAAUUGUGGCACAGAAAACUACAUUUUAUAGAGUAGUUAUGGACAUAGAAGAUUCUUCUGAUUCAUCAUUGCCUGUUAUUGGAUUGAAAAACGUGAAAGCUGUUGAAUAUGAUCCUAUAUCGCAUAUGAUAUAUUGGGUAAAAUUAAUUACUAUUAUUAAUUUCUAAAGAACCCUGAUAACAGUUUUCUACACAUUAUUUAACUAAUAUAGAUUGAUGGUAGGACACAGAUGAUAAAACGUUGCCACGAGAAUGGUUCUAAUUCUAAUACGUUUAUUGGAAAUAAUGGAUAUACAUUCAUUUUAUAUGAUCUUGCCUUAGAUCCCUUCAAUAGAUUAUUAUUUUGGUCUUGCUCUGCAACUGAUACAAUUAACAUGACCAAAUUAACAAAUAGUAGCUUUCAAGGAUCAAUAUAUAAAAGUUAUGAUGGUGAAAAACCAAGAAAUUUGGCAUUGCAUCCUGAAAAAGGGUAAUAUAUUCAUUAUAAUAUUAUAGUCACUAGUAUGCAUAUUUUUAUAAUUCCAAGUUGACUAAUAUAUUAAUUUGUUUUUAUUUUAUUUAUAUAUAAAGUUAUAUUUAUUGGACUGAUUUGGGAAGUCAACACAGAGUAAUAAGAGCUCGUAUUGAUGGUCAUAGCAGAGUUAUUAUUGCAUCUGAUUUGUUAUCUCUUGAAGCUCUUACUGUUGAUAGGGUACAAAAUAUGGUGUAUUUUUCAUAUUCAAGUAAAGUUGAUGUUUGUGAUAUUCAUGGUUAUCAAAGGUAAUAAAUUAAUUUGUUACUUAUACUUUUAAAAUAGAAUUAGGAAAAUUAAGUUAUCAAUUUUUUUUAGUUUCCUAUUUGUAUACAUUUAUUUAAUCAGAGAAAUUCAACUUAAUAUAUUUUUAUUUUAAAAUCACUUUUUUUUCACAGACCAAAACUUAGUAAUUUUAAUUUUUUAAACACCAAUUUUACAUUUUAGAUAAUAUUUAUUAAUACAUUUUUUUUCUGGCUUUCAAGGAGGACAUUAAUUUCUUUGGAUGGUGCCCUUAUUACUAAUGUAGCUGUUCUUGGACCCUAUUUGUAUUGGAUCGAUAAGGAAAGACAAGUUGUGGAGAGAGUUAAUAAAUCUACUGGUGUUCUUGGUGAAGGAAGUACUGUAAUGCACCAAACUCCACAUUUAAUUGAUAUUAUUGCAAUAUAUAUUCCUACUCUAGAGGUGAUUUAUUUAUAUCAAUACACAUUAUUUUUAUUUUUAUUUUCCAUAUUUCAUUGCAAUUUAAUUUUUUCAAUUUGAUAGUUUCUUAGUGAUAUGAAUAUCCAAUUAGUUAUUUAAUAUUUUUACUGUUUAUAAUAUUAUAAAAUAACAUAUUAUUGUUUUAGGUUUUAGCAUCACAUCCAUGUAGUUCAAUGAACAAGCAUGGUGCUUGUUCACAUAUAUGCGUUGUGACUCCAGCGAAUGAAACAACAUUAAACAACUAUGAGUGCUCUUGUCCAUUAGGCUUAAUAAUGAGUGACCACCAAUGUGUCAAUGUACCAGUAUGCGGUCCUGAACAGUUUAUAUGUAACUCAUUGAGCCCAGAAUGCAUGCCAAUGAUAUGGCGUUGUGAUGGUCAAACCGACUGCCAUGAUGGUUCAGAUGAAGUUAACUGUUCAGAAUGCAACAGACAUCAAUUUAAAUGUUUGGACGGCCAUUGUAUAGGUGUGUAUUGUAUUGAUCUUUCUCAGAGCAGUAUGUUAGAAAAUAUUUCAAAUGGGCAAAAUUCCUUAUUUAUUGCUUCUAUGUGUAUGCUUAAUUAAUAAUAUAAUUUUAACAAAAAAAACUAAAAGAAUAAUGAACACAUUUUGUAUAGUAAAAUAAUAUUGUAUUCUAAUAUUUUAAAUUUUAAUAAUUUAUUAUUGUUAUUAUUAAUAAUCAAUUGGUAAAAAUGUAUAUGAAAUUUAUUUUGGACUAUUCUCAUUCUCUUUAGUUUCACUUUCUUGUAUACAAAACUAAUAAUUUAAAAACUAAUUGUUGUCUUUAUAAUAUUUUUGGUAAAAAUCAAUGAACUGCUUCAUUAUUUAAUUUAAACAAUUGUUUUUCUAUUAUAUCUCCCAGUGAACUCAUAAAUAGUGGUACAUUUUUCAGAUAAAAAAUGGGUGUGUGAUGGUACAAAACAGUGUGUUGAUGGUUCUGAUGAAUCUCGGUGCUGCGAAGCCAGUUCACUGUCUAAUGAUAAAUACCAAUGUAUUUCUAAUGGUCUGUGCAUUCCCAUUAAGGAAGUAUGUGAUGGUUGGAAACAGUGUAUUGAUGGAUCAGAUGAAACAGAGAUGGCAUGUUCGCUAAUAAGAAAUGUGGGCCAAAAUAUUAUUGCUGCUGGUGAUAAAUCCUUCAAAGGGACUCUAUUUUUCACAAUAAUUUUUUUUAUGACAAUAUUCAGUUUGCUGUUGGUGAUUAUUUACCGCUGUGCCAAAAGGUAUGUCAUUUAUGAUUGUCUCCCUUAUAAAAGUGGGUGUGUGUUAUUAUUAAGUGUUUUUUUUUUUUUUUUUUUUUUUGUAGUGAUAUGGAUAGUACUCCUAGUAUGACAAGUAAUAAUAACCAUAUAGUUACUUACACAGCUAUACCAGUGAUGCCCAGACAAUAUUCUUCAACUUCUGCUUAUACAGCAAUGCAAAAUGGUACACAUAUUGAUAUGAUCACACCAUCAAACUGUAGCCCUCUGAAUCCUCCACCCAGUCCCACUACGACCAUAACAAUGCAAACAAACAAUUACAUUCGAACAACUCAGUAUAUGCGAUAUGAUGAGCGAUAUGAACCUCCAUGCCCCACAUUGUGUUCACAAACCGAUGUGCCUACAGAUGUUUAUGAUUCAGAUUUUGCAUUGCCUAUUGAACCUUGCCCUCCUCCUCCCACUCCUCGAUCACAUUCGCCUUCCUCAAGUACUUAUUUUAGCCCUAAUGCACCACCACCCUCUCCUAAUAGCUGUUUAAGACAUUGUUAAACAUUUUAUUGUUAUUAAUAAUUUAGAGGAGAUUAGUGUCUACACCAUACUCUCUUUAUCAAUAAUAAUUGGAUCAUUUAGUUCCAAACAAUAGUCUCAUUAAAAACAUGGAUUAUAUUUACUUACAAACUAAGAUUUAACUAUUAUUGAAUAAGUUAUUCAAUGAAGUUUUUAGUAAUAAAAUAAAUGUCUUAAGUAUUUAAGAAGUAAAUUAUAAGAAUUUCAAAGUUACUUUACAUAACCAUUUAUAUAUACAUUUGUAUUUGUUGGGAUCCAAUUAUAUAAGAUAAGGAUUGUUUUUACUAUUAUUUUAUAUAAUUAUGAGUAAAAUUUUUACUACACAAGUUGUACAAUUUGUUGAUUUAUUCGUUGUUUGUAAUAAUUUUUUUUUAAAAUACGAAUUUGUUCAAUUGAUUAUAUGUGAUAAUAUGAUCAAAUUAUGUCCUACUUAGAAUAAGUUAUCAAUUGACUAUUUGUUCAUUAUUGUUUGUCAAUAUUUUUUUAUUUUUAAGUAAUAUGUAUACUAUAAUUGCUUCCUCCUUUAAUGUGAACUGAGCAAUGCCAUAACAAAACAUUAUUGUUUAAAGAUUGUUAAAGACUUAUAUAAUGUAAUUAAUUGAUUCUCAAUUUGAACAAAUACUAUAUUGUACUAAUUAAUUAUAUUUUUAUAUACUAAAAACUGAGUGACAAUUUAACUCUUAUAAAUAAAGAAAUUUUUUAGUAAAAAAUAUAUAUUUUUAUUUCUGUUAUUAACUAAGAACAUUUCACAUGGGAAACAAGUUUGAAACAAAAAAUAUACAUACUUUGGAAGCACUAAGUGUUAAAUAUAAUAUUUAUUGUAACAAUAACAUAUGUACAAUUAAUGGCUCAAAUGUUCUGAGAGCUCUGCAAGCUGAAAAAAAUAAUAUAUUAUUAAUAGAGUAAAGCGACUCCAAACAAAAUUAAAUAUAAUAGAAAAAUAUCU